UUCUGUCAUCACCUUGGUCACCUGGUGGUUACCGCGAAUCACUGACUUGUGUCCAUCAUCAGCGGCAGACCAUAUAAUAUUAAUCGACAAGCAAGUGAAGUCGCACCAUGCUCUAUGUUAACUGUGAACCAUACCAACCUGAGGACCAUUCACAUAUAGGACCCGGACAAAACCUGUUCAAUGCUUAAGAAUCGGGGGAUUACACCGACACUUGUGUUAGCAGUGUGUAUGACAUGCCUUGGUUCCUCCUUCCUGAUCGGUUACAAUCUCGCUGUGCUCAACCUUCCAGCCUAUUAUGUCAAAUCGUUCUUAUCAGAGACCAUCCUGCAUAUGGAUCUGGAUACAGCGGAACAAACCACCAAACUGAUCAAGCCCUCAUUUCUGUAUGCACAACUCAGCACGGUGUUUGUAGUCGCUGGGGCCAUAGGAGCAGGCGUAUGUGGCUCGCUAGCUGAAUCUUUUGGAAGACGGAAUGCCUUGCUGUUCAAUCACUUGUUUGCUAUCGCUGGAGCAGCCAUUUCUGGACCGAGUACCAUAACGCGGCAACCAGCGUUGAUUUUCGUUGGCAGGUUCUUCAGCGGAAUAAAUUCCGGCAUCACAAUCGGAACUGCAUCACUCUAUCUCACUGAAAUAGCACCGCGUGAUGUCAGAGGUGCCAUUGGAGCAUGUCAUCAGCUGGCGGUCACCUUAGGAAUUGUGGUGGCAUACCUUGCGACCAUGGGAAUGACUCUGAACACCGAGAAACUAUGGCCGAUUGCAGUAAGCCUCAGCGCCGUUCCAGCCAUCGUGUCUUUGAUUGUGCUCCCAAUUUGUCCAGAAAGUCCACGACUACUUUUUAUCGAAAAAGGACGUGAACUGGAGGCUCGUGAAUCAUUUGUUCGCUUUAACAACAAGGAGAGUGUGGAUGAUUUCAUCGAUGAAUUACGAGAGGAGAUUCAAGCGGCGAAAAGUAAACCAAAAUUCACCUUCAUUCAGUUAUUCAAACGGCGGGAUUUGCGAAUGCCUGUUUUGAUUUCUUGUCUGAUCCAAGUGUUACAGCAGCUGUCCGGAAUCAAUGCGGUUAUCAGCUAUUCAUCUACAAUGUUCAAAACAGCCGGACUUUCUGGUCAAUACAAUGAAUACUGCGUUCUAGCGAUUGGUGUUUUCAACUUCUUGGUGACGUCUAUAUCCGUCGUUCUGCUUGAGAAAAAAGGGCGACGAACACUACUACUUUGGCCCACGUUAGUGGUCGCCGUCUCGCUUGCAUUACUCACAAUCACUGUCAACUUGGUCACACAUCUUAAGGAGGGUGUUAUUGCUCAGGCGAUGGGAGUCCUAUCAGCCGUUCUGCUCUUCUGCUAUGUGAGUGGAUUCGCGCUCGGUCUAGGGCCUGUUCCGGCACUCAUCGUUGCUGAAAUAUUCCGCCAAGGUCCCCGGGCUGCCGCCUAUUCACUUAGUCAAACUGUGCAAUGGCUUUCGAAUCUACUCGUUAUCUGCAGUUAUCCAAGCAUUAACGUUAUCAGCUAUUCAUCUACAAUGUUCAAAACAGCCGGACUUUCCGAUCAAUACAAUGAAUACUGCGUUCUAGCGAUUGGUGUUUUCAACUUCUUGGUGACGUCUAUAUCCGUCGUUCUGCUUGAGAAAAAAGGGCGACGAACACUACUACUUUGGCCCACGUUGGUGGUCGCCGUCUCGCUUGCAUUACUCACAAUCACUGUCAACUUGGUCACACAUCUUAAGGAGGGUGUUAUUGCUCAGGCGAUGGGAGUCCUAUCAGCCGUUCUGCUCUUCUGCUAUGUGAGUGGAUUCGCGCUCGGUCUAGGGCCUGUUCCGGCACUCAUCGUUGCUGAAAUAUUCCGCCAAGGUCCCCGGGCUGCCGCCUAUUCACUUAGUCAAACUGUGCAAUGGCUUUCGAAUCUACUCGUUAUCUGCAGUUAUCCAAGCAUUAACGAUGCCAUUGGUGGAUACUCCUUCCUUCCCUUCCUUGUGGUCGUCGUCUCCCUCUGGAUCUUCUUUUUCUUGUUCAUCCCCGAAACACAAAAUCGCACCUUCGAUCACAUUGCUCGAGAUCUAUCAUCCGGUAGCAUUAUUAUCGGACGUAGAACGUCGGAUUCACAACCACCAAGCAUUCCGCUGUUCUCCAAAACGAAAGAAGUGAAUUUCUGUCUCCACUAGUAAAAAACUAUCAACCAAUAACGAUUCAGUGGCAAGGCGAUCAAUGUGCAAAACACUUAGAAAGACACUGAAACUAUUCAGCUUACAUCAGCACACUGCAACUGUAGUCGCAUCAAUCUCGAAUGAUCGAUCUGUUGAUUUAUUUUAAUAAAUGUCACAUGUUCAUUACCUUGUUGUACAUGUCCUGAUUACAGCCAUGGUUCUAAAUGGCAGGACGAGGAAAGUUCAAGCACAUAAAGGCGAUAUCUCGGUGAGCCUGAAGAAUG